ACAGCUCUGUUUUCUUUUUCCUUCCAAAUUUAUAUAAUAUAUGACUUGACUUUGCAACGAUCCCCUGAAAUAACUUGUUUUCCCAUGAGGGAAAAAAAAUCCAAACAUACAAUGAAAAUAAAAUAAGUAACGAGUUAGUUAAAAUAAUUAGAAAAUGUUGCACGUCUCCCUCACUAUAUUGUGGAUGAAAGGAAGAUGAAUAAUAGUAACAAUGGCAGCAACCAAACAAAUCUGGUGCAUAAAUCUUUGGUCCAGAUGGAUUUUCAUUGUCAACCAUUGUUGGCCAUUUCUGUGUUGUGAGUGCACCACUGUUGAGCCAAGUUCAUUGUUGAAGGAAGCUCCGACUCAGCUGCCACUGUUCCCCAUUGCCCUCUAGUUUUUGACAUUUCUAAUUUUUUACUCCACCAUUUUUCUUAUUCCCACUUUCUUUCUCUUUGUUUUUGUUUUAAAAAAGUGGGUUUCUGUUCUUGCUCAUUUUUUCUGUUUCUAUGUGUGAUUUUUGCAUUAAAGAAACUCUUUCUGUUUUCUGUGGUUUUCUUGGGAUGCCGUCUUAGUCUUAGCUUGAGUUUUCUUUUCUUCAUUAAGCUCGAUGAUUUUGAUUGUGUUUUGGUUUGUUCUCAAACCCUUUUCUUUGAAUUCGUCUGUUUAGUGUUAGGCUUUAAUUAUGAUGGAUGUGGACAUCAGUAAUCCUUCAAAAGUUGUUCCAAGAAGUUCGCCUCCAAAGGAGAGUGAAAAUGGAGGUCAAUUUGUGGUUGAGCUUAGCGGAGUUGAAAAUGGAUACUCUGUUCAAGAACAAAACAAAGUCAAUUCACAGACCAACGAGCUGAUUGAUUCUAGUAUUAGCUAUGGCAACGAUUCACAACUCGCGAAUAAGCCACAGAAUAUCUCAAGUUCAAAUGGAAACCUCAUACUAAGAAGAGCAAUCCUUUCGAAAGCCAAAUCCAGAUUUGGAGUACAACCAGUUUAUACAGAUUCAAACAUGUUUGAGGAGGAGAAUUAUCCGUCGUCAAGAGAGCAAAUCGGGGAAACUUCAUCUAGAAACUUUACUCACAACACGCAGAAGGCCACACCCGAGAAAAAAGAUGAGAAGCACAAGAAAGUGAAGGUGAAGACAGUGAUCAAGUGGAUUGGAGUUUUUUGCAUAAUUAGUUGCUUAGUGGCUAGCUUGACUGUUAACCCUUUGAAGAAUCGCUUCCUUUGGGGUUUGAAGGUCUGGAAAUGGUGUUUACUUGCUACUGUGAUUUUGUGUGGAUUGUUAUUUACUCGUUGGGUUAUGAAUGUGGUUGUCUUUUUGAUAGAGAAGAACUUCUUGUUUAAGAAAAAAGUACUUUAUUUUGUUCAUGGGUUGAAGAAGAGUGUCCAAGUUACCCUUUGGUUAACAUUGGUUCUUGCUACAUGGGAGUCACUGUUUGAUCGGAGAAACCAUAUGGUUUCAAAUUCGGGGAUCAAUGCUAAAGUUUUAGAUCUUGUUACGUGGACUUUGGUAAGCCUUCUUAUAGGGGCAUUCCUGUGGUUGAUUAAAACAUUGUUGCUGAAAAUAGUGGCCUCCAAGUUCCAUAUGAACCGAUUUUUCGACAGAAUACAGGAAUCCAUUUUCCAUCAUCAUAUUCUACAAACCCUCUUGAUGGCUCGUACACAGGAGGAUGAAAGUUUUGCCGAGUUCAGGUGUUGUCGAUUUUCUUUUGAGAGUAAAAAAUCAGACUGUCAAAAGGCGAUUAACAUAGAAAAGAUUCUCCAGCUGAAGCGAGAGAAGGUUUCGGCUUGGAAAAUGAAGACAUUGGUUGAUGCAGUUACUAGUUCAGAGAUGUCAAUAUCAAAAACACUCGAUGAAAGCUACCGAAAUGCUGAUGAUGGUGAGAUCACAGACGAGAUGAAAGUUGCCAAACAAACAGCUAAGAAGAUCUUCAAAAAUGUUGCUCCUGGAAAGAAGUGAGAAACUUUCUUUUUUGCUUGUGAUCUUUUGUUCAAACUCAUGUUAAUAUAUGACCAAUUCCCUUUUGUUAGGUUCAUAGAGGAAAAGGAUCUUCUAAAAUUCAUGAUCGAUGAAGCAGAAGUUAAUCUUCUGUGGCCACACUUUGAGGUAGAUAAGACAAAGAAGAUUGACAUGAAAGGCCUAACAAAUUGGGUGGUGAAGGUUUAUCAAGGGAGGAAAACUCUAGCACAUGCCUUGAAAGACACUAAAACAGCAGUGAAGCAAUUGAAUAAUUUAGUAGCAGCGCUUAUUGUAGUAGUGACAGCUGUUAUUUGGCUUCUGUUGAUGGAAAUUGCUACAACCAAAGUACUCGUCUUCCUUCUAACUCAGCUUGCAGUGGCAGCUUUCAUGUUUGGAAACACUUGCAAGAAUACAUUUGAAGGUCUAAUCUUUGUGUUUGUGAUGCAUCCAUUUGAUGUAGGGGACCUUUGUGUUGUCGAUGGCAUCCAGCUGUUGGUUGAAGAAAUGAACAUCUUGACAACAGUCUUCUUGAAACUCAACAAUGAGAAGGUGUAUUAUCCCAACUCAGUUUUGGCUACAAAACCCAUCACUAACUACUACAGAAGUCCAGACAUGGGUGACACCAUCGAAUUCUCAAUCAGUUUCACAACGCCAUUGGAGAAGAUUGGGGUCAUGAAAGAAAAAAUAAAGAGGUAUUUGGAGGAUAAUCCACAACACUGGUACCCAAAUCAUAGUGUGGUGGUGCAGGAGAUUGAAAAUGUAAAUAAGAUAAAGAUCGCUCUUUAUACGAACCACACCAUGAACUUUCAAGAUUGGACUGAGAAGAACCAACGAAGAACAGAGCUCGUGAUGGAGUUAAAGAGAAUUUUUGAAGAACUGAAGAUCAACUACAAUCUUCUGCCUCAAACAGUUCAUCUCUUCCCAAUUGAGGGGCACUGAAGUCUACAAAAAAUCUUAAGCUUGUGCUUCCGGAUACUUUGACAAAGAAAUGGUUAGAUUAUUUUAGCUGCUUUAUUAACUUAAUUAAAGAACACUAAGGGGGUGUUUGUUGGACUGUAAUGGAAUAGAAAUGUCAUGGCAUCCAAAACUCAUGUUUAGAUUGAGUGUUUUGGACUCGAAUUAUAAUACCAAACUCAAUCGAUUUCCUCUGUUUUCAAUCUAACCCUCUUUUCCACCAUUGUCACGCUUCAA